AAUCACAUUUUAUGAUUAAUUUUCACUGACCACACCGAAGCCCGAUUACCUCCAGAUAGAUUCAAUCAACAAAUCACUUAAAUAGAACCAGUUUGACAAAAGGAAGUCGGCCAAAGGAUCUCAAAAACCUGCGACAAAAUACCACAGUCCAAAGAAAUUCAAGAACAGACGAGAAAAAAUAAUUGACAUCUACUAGUCUGGAAAUAGUUACAAACACAUUUGUAAAGCUUCAGGAUUCCAGCGAACAAUAGGAAGAGCCAUUAUCCUCAAAUGGAGAAAACAUGACAGUGUUGAACCUCCCCAGGAGUGGCUGGCCUACAAAAAUUACCCGAAGAGCAUAGGGGCAACUCAUAAAUGAGGUCACAAAAGAACCCAGGACAACAUCUAACGAACUGCAGUCCUCCUUUGCCCCAGUGAAGGACAGUGUUCAUGACUCAUCAAUAAGGAAGAGACUGGGCAAAAAUGGAAUCCAUGGGCUCUAUAUUUGUAGACUGCACAACAUGCGCCAGAGCGCAAACCCAUCAAUGCAUCUUGAUUUUUGUGGCAGUGCAAUGCUCACUGCACGUGUUGCCAAUUUGGCAGACCGGUUUGCACUAAACCAAAAAACAUUUGAAUGAGUCCCAAGACCUUUGGAAGAAUAUCGACUGACAAGGCAAAAGUGAAAUUUUUUUCAAGAUGUGUGUCUUGUUACAUUUGGCUAAAUGUAACACAGCAUUUCAGAAAAAGAACAUCAUACCAACAGUCAAACUUGGUGGUGGUAGUGUGAUGGUCUGGGGCUGGCCAACAAUCCAACUUCUGAAUCGUUUAAAAAACAAAAACAAAAUGAAGGUUUUGGAGUGGCCUAAUCAAAGUCUGGACUUUAAUCUGAUUAAAAUGCUGUGACAAGACCUGAAAAAGAGAGAUGUGAAAGACUCAUUGCCAGUUAUAGAACACGCUUGAUUUCAGUUGUUGCUGCUGAGGAUGGCCCAACCAGUUAUUAGGAUUAGGGGGCCGUUACUUUUUCACACAACGCCAGGUAACUUCGAAUAGUUUUUUUUACCUUAAUAAAUAAAAUCACCAUUUAAAAACUGUAUAUUAUGUUUGCUUGGGUUACCCUUGUCUGAUAUGUACAUUUGUUUGAUUAUCUUAAACAUGAAAGUGGGGUAACCAUGCAAAAAAAAUAAGAAUUUGAGACAUAUUUACACUUUAUUUCGACAAUUUAGAGUCUUCAAUGAACCGAACAUGCAUAUUUUUGCAAAGUGGGAGGAAGCCGGAGUACCCGAAGAAAACCGACGCAAGCACAGGGAGAACAUCCAAAUAUUUGAUGCUUUAUGCACAACCUUUUGCAUACUGCUUUUGCGAUGCUGUCACUGUCAUAAUCCAUCUCUUGUCUCCCACACAGAGCAUAAGUGGCGGGCUCGCUCUUGCUGGGGUGAUUGUAAUAGCGAGGAGCAUCAAACUGGUGUGCCCACGUCCCCCUUGCUGGUGAAACUUGCCGGCGUGGACCUGACGGCAGAGGGCAAGUUAUGGCUGCAGAGAAGAGUACUUCCCGCUCAGACAGUGUGGUUGAAGCUGAUCAGCCGACAGGAUGAUGCACUGCACUGUUUUGUGGCCCACAGCAUGCAGGGGUCGUCAUGGGGCCGCUCUGUGAACGAGGAGGCCCUGUAUCUGGGCCUUGCCCGCAGGGCGCCCGUCGCCGGACUCUCGCAGCACUCUCGCCUCUACUGGCGUCUGCAUCAGCGGCUGCACAGGGCAGAGGUCAAAGCUGAGAAGAGGAGGCUGGGCUUGUGGAGGGAAGACAGCCAAUGGGAGAGGGCCGUCAAGGCUGUACGGGACAGUGCAUUAUUCAGACUGUUAUGCAGGCUCUUUGGGAGGACCUGAUGAGUAGAUUUUUUUUUUUUGUCAAUUGCUUUACAUUUGAAGAAAGUACACGGCCAGUCCAAAGUUUGAGCAUUCUUUCUCAUGCUAUUGAAUGUGAAACUUACAAACUUUUGAUUGACAAGCGUAAGUAGUUUUCUGGUUAAUUGUUAACUUUUUUGCACCACAUUGCCUGUAAAAGUUUAGUAUAGUUACACUCGUCAUUCAAAUUUCACCCGAAAGCUGAAUAUUCUUAACUUUUUGUGAGUAGUUUGUUUGUGUUGCUGUGGACACUGCAUGGUCCACUUGUGAUUACUGUUGCUAUAGAGCCACUAAAUGAGAAAUACAAAGGCUACUCAGGGCUAUAUUGGCCUCGCUCACACCCCAUGGGAACCUUGUAUAUGUGCGUGUGUCUGGGUAGGGGGGUGGUUCUAAUAGAUGCAUUAGCAAUGAAACAUGAGAAGAAAACAAUGUCAAUUGCCCCCAAAUGAAUGUGUUUUUACCUAAUGAGAGUGAUUACUAAUAAACAGAGCAAAUUCGCUGUGUAGGCCUAAAUGUGUUUGUAUGCAGCUCAAAAUGACACCUCACAGAGGCACUUCUGCAAAUGAGACCAGAGCGUGAUGUGUCCCACGAGGGUGCACUGAAGCACUCAAUCCCAAUGAGCACACAAGGAGAUUAGCGGCAGACGGGAGGAGGAGGAGGGUCACAGUGGGGAUUUUUUUUGUAAUCAAGCACAAAAGACGAGAGAGGAGGAGUCACCAGGGUAAGGCAAAGGGAGUAAAAGGGGGUGUGAGGAGCACGGAAAGAGGGAGGGUGGAGGGUUUGAUGAAUCCUUUGUUGUGCAAAUGUCGCAAGUGACUGUUAAGGCAAAGGCGGCUCGCCAUUGGCUGUCUAGUUUAAAUUGUAAGGUGCAUGUGUGGGCUGUCAAGAGUUUGAACUGUCACACAGGGAGGAGUGGGAGGGAAACCAUGGUUGAGACGCACCACGGGAAGUCCGCAGGGCAUGGAACGGGGGCCAAUCAAAAACGUUGGUGAGUGCACUCCAGUGUGGACAAAAGUAUUGGGAUUCAUGGUCAUUUCACUUACUGGAUGAAAAUAUGUUGCGAGAGAGGUUUUGUGAGGUCAAAGCUCUCUAAAUUUGGAUAAUCAGACACAAAUUGAGAAUUGCUGACUUAAGUUUUUGGAACACUUUUGAUUGUUCUUCUUUUUCUACAAAUAAUGUGAAUGUUCAUACACUAUAUUGCCAAGAGUAUUUGCUCACCUGCCUUGACUCACAUGAUUUUAAGUGAUAUCCCAUUCUAAAUCCAUAUGUUAUGAUGUUGGUCUACCCUUUGCAGUACUAACAGCUUCAACUCUUGUGGGAAGGCUCUCAACAAGGUUUAGGAGUGAGUCUAUGGGAGUUUAUGCUCAUUCUACCAGGAGCAUAUUUGUGUGGUCACACACUAAUGUUGGACGAGAAGGCCUGGCUCACUGGCCACUUCAAAUCAACCCAAACGUGUUCUGUCGGGUUGAGGGCAGGACUCUGUGCAGGCCAGUCAAGUUCAUCCAUACCAAAUUAUAUCAUUCGUGUCUUUAUGGGCCUUGCUUGGUGCACUGGUGCACAGACAUGUCGGAACACAAAGGGGUAAUCCCCAAACUAUUUGACUAUCCUAAAUAUCUUGGUAUGCUGAAGCAUUGAGAAUUCCUUUCACUGGAGCUCAGAGGCUAAUAUUUUCGACAUUUCCAAUUUUGUGGGAACAGUUUGGAGAUGGCUCCAUAAGUACCAGGUCCCAAAAAUGUAUAUAAUUUCUCAUUACUGUUACAGUACCUCGUCUUUACUUUAUUGUUGAUUCAAAUGUUCUACAUACUAGGAUCUUCUAGAAUGAUGCAAAAGAUUUCAUUUUCUCAACAUUGUUUCAAGGCUCAAAAUGUUAACAUGGACAAUAUCAAUAAUAUUGCUUCAAAUAACGUCUUUUGACUCGUUCUUGUGCCAUUUGCAGCCAGAAGAUACCCACUAUUAAUUUCUAUUUGAAUUUUUUUUGAAGGGGGGUGUUUAUCACUGAGCAAAAUGUCUGCACUUUUGGUCUUAUUGCUUUCCUACGGUAUGUGUUUUUAAUUUAUUUUUUCUCUCUCUUUUUUAUUUUUUAUUUAUUUAUUUAUAAAGAAAUGAUGCAUUCCUGACAUCUUUUGACAACACUUAAGAUUCUUUUGUGUUACUGCAGUAAACUGGUUGUUUAUGUUGAAGAUUUAAUGUUACACCAAAUGUUAUCUGACUGUUAGCAGCCAGAUAUUCCUGCAUGAGUUUGUGCGUGGCUCCAUAAUAAAUAUAAGACAAAGCCCAUCA